AUGUGUUCUACUUGGUUUCUCUUUUUCAUUCUCGGUCUCGUAGUGCUAUUGCUGGCGCUGCAGUGCGAACUUCCCUGUGAACGGGCGGCACAUGGUCUGCAGCUAACCAAACUAACGAGAAGAGACCCACGCGGAGCCGAUCCCUGUGCAGGCCAAAAUUUCCGACCUCAAAACCUUGCAGAGCCAUACUUCUGCCGUGUAAAUGACUCACCCUGCUUCCGAGUCUUUCUUGACUCUGAUUUUGCAGAGUCCGUGCCUCUGGCGGCGGCAAUUAAAAAAGUGUAUCUCAAAACCUUGCAAAAGCCAACCAGUUUGGCAUUCACUAAGUCUUCAUUUCGAGGACAUUGCGCUACCUCAGGGCUUGGACUCGACGUCGUAACCAAAUCAUUUGGCGCAGUAGGCUCGAAUAUCAUCGUAUCGUACUUCAAACCUUCCGACCCUGAAAGCUCGCCGAGGCAAACAACGCGUCACUCGACAUUGUUCUUGACGUCACAAUUACACCUUGCAGAGCUAUGGGAGAUGCUACGAAUUCGGAGCAGCAAAGCAGGCGCUGGGGCAGUGGUAGACCAUUGUUUCUUCCGUCAUCAGUUUGCGAAACAUUUUGGCCUUUACGAACCGUUUUGGGUGGAGGGUCAGCCUUGGAAGAUAAAUGCGGAAUUGGGAGACUUUGGCAAAAUUGUCUGA